AUGGCCACCCCUGCGGCAGCAGCAGCAGCCCCACGUGCAGGUGCUGGAGGCAUGCGGGACAGCGCUGCCCCUCUAGAGCCCAUCCUGCGUGCCCUGCAGAUGCUGGGUGCCCGCAGCCAGCAGCAGGUGGAGGGGCAGGAGCAGCCGCGCGCGCCACGGGCGCCAGUCCCAGCCCAUCUGCGCCUGCCCACGCUGCCCGCCCAGCUGCUGCCCGCCAACAGAGCCGCGUUUGGUGCCCCCAACGGCAGCACCACCCGGCCAGCUGGCGCCGCCACCAUCACCACCGGCAGAGUUGGCGGCGCACCUGCCGGCGGCGGCGGCGGGGCCCUGCUUAGCCCCAGAGGGCCAGCUGCUGCCGCACCAGUGCUGUUCACAGCCAGCCCUGUGCUGAUCCUGCCCACCCAGCAGGUCUGCCUGCUUCAGGCGCAGGAGCAGGUGCAGAGCCAGCACCGGGGUCACCAGAGCCACCCCAAUCCACGCUCAGCAGCAGCCCAGGCACCGCGCACACGCAACAGCGGCGGCGCAUCAGCGCUGCGCCGACAGCAGCAGCAGCAGCGCCAGCGCCAGCAGCAGCAGCUGCAGCUGCAGGCGCAGCAGCCACCGCCACCGCAGCCUCCACAGCGCCAGCAGCCCGAUGCCCCAACAGUCGCUGCCGCAGGCAGCGCAGCUGGUGCAGCCAUGGCAGCCGGCGGGGCGGAUGUGGGCCCGCUGUUUGUGGCGGCACAGGGCAGAGCCCCUUUCCAAUACGUCUUUGGCUCCAGCAUGCAGGUCCGCCAGCCCCCACCCGCACCUCCAGCUGUGGAGCCGCGUGCCAUCAAGCCCUCGCCAGCCACCACGCCCCCAAGCUCUCCAGCCUAUGCUCACCGCCAGAAGCAGCCCGAGGGCCCGGGCGAGCAGCAGGCCGCCCCGCCCCGCCAGCCACAGCCACCCCAGCAGGAUGGCGAGGGGCAGGCGGCUGGGGAGGAUUCAAAGGGAGACGAGGGGGCUGCUGCCGCGGCGGCAGGGCAGCAGGACGAGCAGGCGCGGGGCGAGUUUGCUCCCUUUGCGGUCAGAUCGCCCCCGACGGAUGAUGGCGCCAAGCCCUUCUCCAUGCGCUCCAUGAAAUUCAAGGGUGUGUACAGGAUGCCCACCGGCCGCUGGCGCGCCCAGUUCACUCAUCGCAACAAGGUCAUUCAGAUUGGCAUGUUUGACGGGGAGGAGGAGGCAGCGCGUGCGUGGGACAUGGCGGCUGUGCAGUACCGCGGCGCAGCAACCAAGAUCAACAUCCCUGUCAGCCAGGCCACCAUCCAGGAAUGGCUCAAGGACAAGCCUGUUGGCUGGUCUUUCUUUUACGACGACAACGACCAGCCCCUGCCGCAGCCGCUGGCUGGCCAGGCCUUGCUGCAGAAGCAGAAGGAGCUGCAGCUGAAGCAGGCGAAGGAGCAGCAGGCAAAGGAGCAGCAAGCCGGCAAGGCAGACACCACGGAUGCAAACAAGAAGGGCAAGAAAGAGCCAUCAGCAGGCACCGCGGCAGCGCAGGGCAGCGAGGCAGGCAAGGCUCCAGCCUCCCAGGCCCCGCCUGCCGCACGCCCUGGAGCUGCGGCCCCGCUACGGGCAGCAGCAUCGCCGUGUGCGGCGGCAGCACCAGCACCGGCAGCAGCUUCGCAGCCUUCAUCGCCCAGGGCUGCUGCUGGCGCCGCCAGGCCCGCGGCAGCAGCCAGCACCGCCAAGCCCAGCAUCGUUGAGCCCGCGUCGCUGCCGGCAGGCUCCAUCCCCUUGCUCAUCUCCACGCCAGUCGCCGAGGGCAUUGUGCAGCUGCCAGGGCCGGUGCACAUAGUGCAGGCGUCCCCGCCCGCCCUGCGGCUGGCCAGGGCCCCGGCCGCGGUGCCGGCUCCACAGCGGCUGCAGCCUCAGCCGCCGUUCCAGUCGCUGCCGCUGCCUGCAGCCCAUCGCUACAUGCCUGGCAAUCAGCGGGGGCACCAGUCGGUGACCACAGGAUCGCUGCUGCCUGGUGCACACACGGUGCCCAUGCCGGUGAUGGUGCAGAAGCGGCAGAUGUCGCCGACGGCGGUGCCUGGAGCAGCAUCGGUGCCGUAUGCUGUGCAGAUGCCACGGCAGCAGCCGCUUCGUGGGUCUCAGCCUCACCUGCCACAGCAGCAGCAGCAGCAGCAGCAGCCACAGCAGAAUGGCCCUGCCAGGCCGCGUGCGGCGGCCGCCAAGAGGCAGCGUGCGGCGGCCCAGGCAGCCGCAUCCCUGCUGGAAGAUGUGCUGUCCCCGGUGGUGCCUUCAGCCACCACGAAGGAGGAUCGCGCCCUGCGGGCCGCUCGUCGCUCUGCUGCCGCCGAGGAACGCUCAGCCGCCUCUGAAGCGGCUAGCACGCAACACCCGCGCCGCAGCCUGGCUGGCAGCCUGAUUGCGGCGGCGGAGGCGGUGGAGGAGGCGGAGGCCGCGGCCGAGGUGGCGGCGGCAGCCAUGGCACUGCAAAAGCUGCCACGUCUGACAAUCAACACCUCUCGUGUGCAGCCAGUCACCGAGCCCGGCGCGGCAGCGCUCGGCUCUGCCCUGCAGCAUCUGAACGGCGGCAUCAGCCCCAUGGCAGUCACAACAUUGCAUCCCGGUAGUCCCACCGCCACCACCCCGCACUCGCCGGGCAGCGCCAGGCCGCCGCACCGCCAGCGCAAGAAGCCGGCGCACGCCUCCCCUGACCUGCUGCCCUCGCCAUGGGACCUACCUGUGGAGCGGCUGCACAGCCUCUCGCCGCCGCCGCACGGGGACCUGGGGCGGGGAGGCGGCACCAAGCGCCAGCGCACCGGCAGCCCUCCAGGCGUGCACUAG